GUAGCUGUCAAAAAUGUUGAGAGACGCGUAUCGCGUAUGCUCUCAUGUCGUAGAGAUACGUCGACGAUUUUGAGACGUUAAUCAACGUCGCAGAGUACGACGCAGCAACUGUGAUAAGCAGUAGGCGGGGACACGGAGCUCGAUGCAUCAAGAUUGCAGACUCUGUCCUUAAAUGCACCGCACCACGCCACGCUGCGUUUCGCAUUUCGUUAUAUUAUUCCGGAGAGAUCGCGCGACGUGGAGGGAUAACCUCUCGGUCUCUAAUUAUCGUGCGAAACUAUUUGCCACGUAUAAACGACUUGAAACACGCAUCACGACGCGAUAAUGGCGUGCUUGUUGUCGAAUCAGGAAAAUGUAUGCUUGAAAAUACCAUCGGCCGACACGACGGACGGAGUCACGUAUUACUGCAUCGAGAUUGGGAUAGCAUCGAUCAAAUGGACUGUGAGACACAGAUACAAUGAUUUUGCGGAAUUGCACGAGAAGCUCGUCUCCGAGCACUGCGUCGAGAAGGAUAUUUUACCGCCGAAAAAACUCAUCGGUAACAAAUGCGAAGCCUUUGUGGAGAAGCGUCGGCAGAGUCUCGAAAUAUAUCUCAAUGCUGUUUAUAAUUAUUUGAAGAAAGCAAUGCCUAGAGAAUUGGCUGUAUUCCUAGACCUGCAUGUGUACGAUAUAUUCUUUCUAUUGCAAAGUAUGGCCUUGGAGUUCUUUAUGAAUGGCAAUACUCUGCUACAGAGUUCAAGCUAUAAAUUUAAUCCGAUACAGCUUUAUGCAAUUAGCGAGAGACUGAAACAACCAUGUCCAUCUUUGGAAGUUGUGGAUAAAAAAUACGAUUUUAGUCACGUUUUGGACUUUAAUUCUCACUUAACUAAUCUUACAAUUGAGGGAAGUUUGGAACCUUAUAAAACUAGUAAUAUUUAUUCGUCUGCCUUGUCCAUAGAAUUAUCCACCUUUAAAAACGUGCAAUACUUUACAGUCGAUCGAUAUCCCGUGGAUAAAAUCUAUAAUAUGGGAAAUCUUCGAGAUACCGUGACUACUCUAAAAGUUAUUAAUACUAAGCUCAGAAACAUUGUAGAAUUGGCCAUGUGCGAAGAAGUUCAUAAAAAUAUAAUAAAUGCCAAUGAUUCUCAUGUAUGGUUAAAAGUUACACAUUUGGAUCUCAGUGAUAACCGCAUAGAAAUCAUAGAUGAGGCAAUUAAAUUGUUGCCGCACAUAGAAUGUCUGACAUUGAACAACAAUCACUUGUCUGAGAUUUCCAACGUUACAUUAUUACCGAGAUUAUCUCAAUUGUAUCUAGCAUCGAAUAAUUUUACCAGUCUGCCAGAUGAUCUUCAUACACGACUGGGAUAUAUCGUAUAUAUCGACCUAUCGCAAAACAAAUUAACUUCACUCGCUAGUUUCUCAAAAUUAUAUUCAUUGGAGGGAUUGGAUGUAAGCUGCAAUCGCAUCGAGAAGAUCGAGGAAGUAAAACACAUCGGCCAUCUACCUUGUUUGGAAAAUCUGAGAUUGACUGGUAAUCCAGUAUCAACGAUAGUGGAUUAUAGAGUUAAAGUUUUAGAGCCGUUUGGUAAGAGAGCUGCCGAUAUUUGUCUUGAUAACGAAAAACCGAAUCAAAAGGAACUCGAUACUGUGUCGGUUCAUCAAGCGUUGCGCAUUGCGAGAGAAGGUAAAUCUCCAACAUUUACCGCAUCAGACGCGCCGUUAUUUUCCGCCGAAAUCCCGAGUAUAUAAAAAUUUUAACCAUACUUUUUUCUUUUAUCGCGAUAAACAUAUUACGUAAAUAAUAUUUAGAUACGAAACAAAAAUGUGUUUUAUACUGCAACAUGUAAAUUUUAUCAAAUCGAUUCGAGAUUGAUCCCCUUUUCGCAGCAAAGCCGCGUAAUAUUAUUUCUAAUUUCGAUACGUUACAAUUAAUAAUUUUAUUAGUACGUUACAUUGGCAAGUAGAUAACGUGUUUUUUUAUCACUUUUAUCACAAUAAUUCAAAAAAGUAUGCCAAAAUAAUAAAAAAUAAUACGAUGUCAUAAUUUUGUAUAUAAAUCUAAGAUAAAACACGUUUUUGUCAAGUAGAAGUAAAACUCUAUAGAUCCAUGACAAAAUUGUAUGAAUAUGCCUUGUACAAUUCGUGAAAUAAAUCUGUAAAACUUU